CUAAAUUUCGCUCUUCUUUCUUCUCUCUUCACAACACUUUCCAUACAGCUCACACAUACACACGCACCAACCUAUUACACCAACAACAACAACAUGACCCAACCUGCCGUGUACCGUCUCCAAGCAAAAACACAAUCGUACGAUUGGGGCAAGCUAGGCAAUGUCUCCAAAGUGGCACGCUAUGCUCAGCAAUCCGGCGACGCUGUCGAUCCGUCGAAGCCCUAUGCAGAGCUGUGGAUGGGCACCCAUCCCAAUGCCCCCUCUGUUGUUAUGGAUGAUGCCCAUACGCCACUCAGAGAUCUCAUACACAAAUACCCUGAACUCAGCACCCAGACUCUAUACGACCAGUACAGUGGCGAUUUGCCGUUCCUGUUCAAGAUUCUUUCUAUUCGCAAAGCGCUGUCUAUUCAGGCUCACCCUGACAAAACUCUGGGCGCACGUCUCUUCAAAGAGUUCCCCAACAACUACAAGGAUCCCAACCACAAGCCCGAAAUGGCAAUCGCCCUCACACCGUUUGAAGCCUUAUGUGGAUUUAGACCACUGGAGGAAAUUGCACGCCAUCUUGAACGCUAUCCCGAACUGACUGAACUGAUUGGUGCCGACGUGGCCGACUCAUUCUUGUCUACGAUCCAGCAGCAAGAAAGCAAUGUGGAACAGAACAAGGCUGUAUUGAAAUCCGUAUUCAGUGCAUUGAUGCAUAGCCCACAAGAGUCCGUGACAGCUCAGCUGUCAAAACUAACAGAUCGAUUGCGAGACACAGAGGAUCCUAUGGCCGAGUUGGUGCUGCGUUUGGAUCAGCAAUAUUCAGGUGGUGAUAUUGGCAUCUUUUCUGUCUUGUUGCUCAACUAUGUGACCAUGGAACCCGGUCAGGCCAUGUUUUUGGGCGCAAACGAGCCACAUGCAUAUCUGUCUGGAGACUGUGUGGAAUGCAUGGCUGCAAGUGACAACGUUGUGCGUGCUGGUUUGACGCCAAAAUUCAAGGAUGUCAAUGUGUUGGUUGAAAUGUUAACGUAUCGCUAUGGCUCGGCCGAAUCACAGAAAAUGACACCACAAUCUUUCGGCUCACACUCGCUGCUGUAUGACCCUCCCAUCGACGAGUUUUCUGUUGCAUUGACGAGCCUUAAGACCGAAGAGACCGAAGAACACAAGCCUAUUCCUGGCCCCAGCAUUCUUAUUGUCACUAGUGGAAGCGGCAGCUUGAAGGCACAGGGAUCUACUUUUGAUUUGAAGGAAGGCUAUGUCUACUUUGUUGGUGCUGAUGUUGUGCUAUCCGCGGAAGCAGGUGAAUCAGGGUUAGAGUUCUACAGAGCCUUCACCGUUCCCACGUAACUAUAAGUAAUGACUAUUCAUUCCAUGACACGCAACACCAACCCCUUCUUGCCCUCCCCUCCUCAAUUGCAUACUUUCUUAUUCAUUCUCCAUAAAAUAAAUCCAAUCACUGUAUCCAUGAAGACAAGGUUCCUCGUGGCAGCUUUUCUCAGAAUUAGUUGAUUUACCGCUUCUAUGCGACUCCUGUAUUAGCAGCCACUGCAAUGGUUACACAUAAUACUACACAUACUAGUUUCUUCCGCGGAACCGUAUGUAGAAACAGUGAUAUCAACUUGUGUGAAUCCACGAACAAUAAACAUAGGCUAUUAGCAC